AUGGGUUCGCCAGCUUUACCAAAUAUCCACUAUCUAGGAAUCCUUCCUGACAGUCGCAAGUCGGCGGCGUUAGACCUAUUGUUCGAGCCAAGUCCUGAAAUCCACAGCUACUUGAUUCCCGUCGCCGCAUCUCGCCGGUAUUCCUCCUACAAUGAGUUCAUCGAUCGGUGUCGCGAGACUUUAGCCUCAAUGGCCGCCAAAUCCACAGCAGACAGUCCCAAUCAACAUUUGCUCCGGAUUUUGGGCUCCCACCCUCGCCUCGGGGCGAAAAAGGUCGAGUCUGCCCAAUCAGCCGCAGAACAGGCUAAACUUGGUGGCGACAGUGAGGCCUUGGCAAGACUCAACCGCGAAUAUGAAGACAAGUUUCCCGGCCUGCGCUAUGUCGUCUUUGUCAAUGGACGUGGUAGACCGGAAAUCAUGGAGGACAUGAAGGCCCGAAUAGACAGAGGCGAUUUUGAGAAGGAGGUGGACGCAGCACUCCAUGUACUACUUCCUCCUUUUAACCUGACAAGAUAA